AACUAUCUUACUGUGUCUGAACAGAAAGCAGCCACAUUGGGAGUUCAGCUAAUCAGUCGAAUUCUGAGGAACUGCAUUAGAUGCAAGGACAAUAAGACUUGGGAUUGGCAAAAUUAGCAUCUGUGGAUUCCGAAUACGGGUUGCUGUUGCAGAUGUCUAACUACUGGCUUUAAAGGAACGGUAUUUGAUAGGUGCUGGAAGGUGACUCGAUAACUGGUGGAAUUAGCGCCUGUUGAUUCCUGAGCAAGCACGUUUGGCUGUUGUUGCAAAUUAACUCGGAAUUAGCUCGCACUUGCUCAGUGUUAAUUAUAUUGUGGUAACGCGAAAUCAAUGAGCUCUGAUGUGAAUAAUUGAUAGAGCUUAGCAAAGAUACUAGAACAGGAGGAUUGAACAUGGUAGUGGCCUCAAAUAGCUAGACGGUGAAGAGGCUCACUGAUGCAUGUGUGGCUUAACAGUCGCCCACACCUUGUUGACUUGCUGACUGCAACAAUCACGGGUUGAAGAGUUUGAUAAUCAAAACUUAACAUUUGGAACUCGGACAUUCCGUGGGAAAUUGCUGCACCUGCUGUUACUGCUGACUGUGGAAGCCUUGGAACGAUUUCACGAGUUGUUGGCAUGACUAGGACUACAUUACAGUUGAUUCAGUGGAACCUCGCAGCACUUGGUGAUGACUUGAUGACUGUAUAACACUGGGUGGACUGGAAUAAAAUGUAAAACUCUACAUAAUUGGACAAUUACUUGCAAAUGGUUCAGUUGUUCGCAUGUAACCUGGGACACUAUCUCACAGGAUUCUGCUAAGGUUGCGUUUGUUUUAGCCUUGCGGUCGACUAAGAAGAGUUCUCAACUUUCUGUUGGGUUGGCAUUUACGCAAUUCGACCGACAUGUAUGUAAAGCUAAUAUAUCCUUGUUGACAUCACACGGAAUACCUUCUUGGUAUAGGAUUGCUUGUUUGCUUCAGUGUUUAACACAAAUAUUGUGACUUGCAAGGCUCUGGGCGCAUGUAUAAUUGGGAUAACUGUAGGAUCAAGUCUAUCCCUCAGGAACUGUGCUUCGUUCUGUAUUACCAAGAAACUAAUCACAUUGCUGUGACGAUUUACAUCUCCGUCGGUGAUGGAAGACUUGAGGAUACCACACCAGAUCUGAAAUCGUAUAAAGGUCUGGAACGAUUUCUGAUUUUAUCUCAAACGCACGGGUAUGGAAUGUUAGCAAUAACUCUUUGGAAAUUUUCUCCUGGAGUGCAUUGUGACUGGUCGAAUUAUACACCACGUGGAAUGAUAUGCUACUAGACCACGUACAGCUGGAAACUUGGUCGAAAUUCAUUGCCGUCGAUUCUGUACUAUUGCUGGUUUUGUAUAGGAAAGAACCACUUAGAGACGGAAAAAAGAUACAAGACACAAUCGCUUGGUAGUGAAAUUUGACUUAUCUAUUGCCGGCAACAAGAGGUAAGAUUACCAAACCUGCUUAGCCUGCUAGUCUGGCUUAAAACAGAGAUUUCUUUCCCUACAUUUGUGGCACGACAUUUGAGUAACAUCUUGUUAAUGCUUCGAGCACUUAGAAGUGAGAUAAACACUUGCUUUUAUGGAGAUUUAGGUACUUUGUCUGGAAGAAGAAGAAGAGGAGUAUGAUCUUAUCAGCUGGUGGACUUCUGAACUUUUGAUCUCGGUUUGGGUUAAGGUUAUCUCUGUUGGAACAAAGAUCUUGUUGUACCCACAACGAACUCUCAUACCUGGUGAAGUGAUAACAGCCAGUUUAGAGUAAGAUUUCAACCACGUACUAACUUGGAUACAGUCUGAAUCAUUUGAGGAAUAUAACCGCAAUUGCACAGUCAAGGAGUUUACACUUGGAUCGAACAGCGUAACAUUCUCAUCAGUUGGAUGAAAAAUACACUAACCGACCCUGGUUUCUCCAAGGAUACAUUCAUUUACGUGGAGAAGUAUCCACUGAUUAUACAGUCGUUAGUGUAAUGCUCUCUGAGAAUGUGGGAUUUGGGAUUAAUGGUAUAACAUCCUGGAAGGGAAACACGUGGAAUUCUGGGAUUGUGUGGUAUGUGCUGAACUUCAUUAAUAAAGAAGAGCUUUUGUCUUGAGGACACUUUUGUUUACUGAACAAGUACAUAUUAGUAGUGAUCACUUAUUCCCUAAAUAACACUGGAAAUAUUAAAGAAAGUGAAGUGAGUGAUUGACAAUGCAGCUUGAAGCACAAAGGAUUUGAAACUUCAAGUCAUACUGAAAUAAAAUUAAUGAAAAGUAAAAGCGAUCAGAAUAUAAAUUGACAAGCAAGCUGGUAAAUAUCAUUACUUUGAUCAUUCAGCGUACAACGAUAUUUCCAUCUGUUCACACCAUUUGAUUGUAUCCAGCAGUGUCUUUAUAUCCAUAGUUUAAAUACCAGAGGACUUAACUGAUUUUACUCUACAAAUUGAAGAAGAAACUAAGAUUCUUUGUUGGCCAGUUGGGAAGAGAAAAAUUUGUUUUUGCGCAUUCCUUCAAAACUAAUCACUACUUCGACUGGGAAUACUUUGAAUACAAAUGUACUUGGAAUUUUUUUUUAAUUUUUGUGUAGUGUUGAAACAGUUUGGUGUACGUACCUUGUAUCACUGUUGAAACAUUCACCAGUUCGGACAUAAGGUUUCAUUCAGCACUUGAAAGCGUAACUUUGUGGCUGCACCUUGUGGCUGUAUUCAGGAAUUGGUAUAUAGUUUCACGAACUAUAUGUCAUGGAUUUGUGGGUACUGGUCUUGCUGUGGAGAUGAACAGAAUCAUAUACGCUAACUAUUCUGCGCUGUUGGAAGGAGUUACGUUGGAAAUAUUGUCAGAAUUCACGAACAUUUCCUCUUCAAGGAACUGAGUCAAAACGUUAACAAUUUGACUAUUGACUUAUUUCACCAAGUUUCCGAAGGUCGGCGUCUUCAUUUGGUUCUAAGAAGGAAUCAUAUUUACAAGGCUUAACAAUAUCCUAUCGGGGAUUUUAACAUCAUUCAAAGAAUUAAAUUACAAGAAUCCAUGAUAUUUGGCAUUCUGUUACCUGCCAAAUGGCAAAUUGGCGGUAAUAUCAUCUUUUGUUUGUCUUGGUUAAUGCCACCAGGGAACAAAUUGAGUUAAGAUAUUCUGACUUGGCGAACCCACAGGGAAUAAAAGUUAAUCUUCUUGGAAGGCUCAUCAAGAGUAAACCUGGUACCGUUGGAUCUCGCAGUUACCUAAAGAAAUCUUUACACAACACAGACAGUAGAUGGAUUGAACAUUCAAGGAAUUUGAUUCGUACCUGUUGGUAAGAUAUUAGACUCGAAAAAAGAAAUUUUGGAAUCUGAAAAAAAUAUAAUUGGUCCCCGAGGGUGGACGCACAGUAUUGAUAUAAAUGCAUAAUAUUCGAUAUCAAAAGGAGCAAAUUAUACACAUUAAUCGACUUCUUAACAAAUAAACCUUUAUGUAGUUGUAGGGCAUUUACACUAAAACUCAACUUAUCUUACGUUCAGAAGUUGAAGGGCAAUAAAAUUAAUACUCAACUCAUGUAAACUUUAUCAAUUCAACUUAUAUACAAUAUUGACUGAAAUUAGUAUUAUUGACUCUGUGACUGUAACUUUUGCAAGAAACACUGAUGGUGAAUAAAAGCUGUAAGGUUUUGGUGUUGCCGGUGGUGGAAUGGGUAAAAACGUAUGCCCUUAUUCGUAUCAUAGAGACUUUGUGACAACGAAAGUUCUUUGCUCGGAGACACAGUAUGGAGGAGGACUACGACUCGGAGGAUUUUGAAGACGAGGAGGUAGAGAAAGAAAAUGAGCUUGUUGGGAACAAUGCUGAAGAGAGGAAUUGGAAGGGGAUUGGGAUAGCCCUACUUGUGAUUCUUAUUGUCUGUUCAUUGGUUGUUACGGCUGUUAUCCUAGUCACUCCAACCUCAGACGAUGUCAAAGUGGGCGAGAAGUUUAGGUACCAGGAUGUAUUUGACGCCGAAUUUCAACCAAAAUCAUUUUCUUCCAAAUGGAUAGACAAGGAAACGUUAGUGUACAGGAAUGGCCAGGGUGCAUUGGUGGCGCUCAACGUGGCCACAAACUCAUCCUACGAACUCAUGGAUAACACUACAUUUAGGCAGCUCGACACGGAUAUUUACUCAGUGUCUGCCGACCUCCAAUUCGUAUUAGUUGCACAUAAUGUAAAAAAGGUGAACAGACACACAAAAGAGUCUUUGUAUAAAAUAUAUGACCGAUCAAACGGGAAGUUACUUACGUUACCGUUAGACAAGUCAAGUGUGAAUACUCCAUUACAGUAUGCAAGCUGGGCACCAACAGGUCGUAGCUUAGUGUAUAUAGAAAAAAAUAACAUUUUCUACCAAGUAGAUCCUUACAAGUCAGCCAAUCAGUUAACGUUUACUGGAGAAGAGGGUGUGAUAAGUAACGGUGUGCCUGAUUGGCUGUAUGAAGAGGAGAUCCUUUUGUCCGACCACGCUCUCUGGUGGUCACCUCAGGGUAACCUUAUUUGCUAUGCAACUUUCAAUGAUUCCAAAGUACCCAAAUAUAAAUAUCCUUACUACGGAGACACCAAGGACCCGGUGGGAGGCGCCUUCAAGUCAAUCAAUUAUCCAAAGGCAGGGUACAUCGGCCCAGAUGGUUCCCCAGCUGUCAACCCUACUGUGACCUUACAUGUGGUGAAUGUGGCACCAAGGUCAGACAACACUGGGGCAGAGUUACAACCUCCUGAGGUGAUUACAAAAACCGGGGACUACUACCUGACAGCGGUGUCAUGGAAGGACAGCACGCGGCUGGCAGUGAUUUGGAUGAAUCGUGCCUGGAACAUGUCUGUUAUAUCUAUAUGUAACGCUGGCAAUAGGAAUUGUAUGGUCAACCAUAGAGAAAUGGUCAAAGAUAAAAAGGGAUGGGUUAAAUUGUCGCCGCCCCCUUUCUUCACCCCAAGCGGAGACAAAUACUUUAUGGUACUUCCGGAGCGAGAUGGUUCCAAUGGCGAUUAUGAUCAUGUUGCCAUGGUAACAGCUACAAGCAAUGACGAGGGUCAUAGAACAUACUUAUCAUCAGGUCUGUGGGACGUAACAGAAAUCGUGGGUUACGAUCCAGAAAAGGAAUAUGUGUAUUUCAUUGGUACAAAUGGCGACCCAAGAAAGCGCCACCUUAUGAGUGUGGGCACACCUACAUCUGACCGGCCACGCAUCAUGACGUGCAUGACAUGCAACCAGACGGUUGGUUGUGAAUAUGUGUCGGCCUCGUUUAGUCCUGAUGCCAAGUAUUACGUUUUGCACUGCCUUGGACCAGAUGUGCCUUCAUAUGUCGUCAAAAACACCAAAAACUCGGAUGAGUACGUCGUGGAGGAUAAUGCGGGGCCAAGAGCGAAGUUGGAUACGAUGGCAACACCGAAGAUCGAGUACCACCAAAUAAAAAUAGGGAGUGGCUAUACCGCCUGGUUGAAGUUGGCCAUUCCACCAGAUCUCAACAAGGCUCAUGUCAGGAAAUAUCCUACUAUUCUAUUCAUGUACAAUGGUCCAGAAUCACAAAAAUGUAACGACCGCUUCAUGCUAGACUGGGCAACGUACUUGUCCGCAUCCCAAGGUGUGAUCUACGGUGUCAUGGACGGCCGAGGUACUGGGUACAGGGGCAGUCGAUUCCUGCACGAGAUCCACAAGAAGUUUGGUACAGUCGAGGUGGACGAUCAAAUCAAAGCGGUGGAGUACCUGAGGACGCUUUCUUAUGUCGACAAGUACAAUAUCGGCAUAUGGGGACCGUCGUAUGGAGGGUUUGUUGCUGCUCACAUUGCAAGAAGAGGGACGGGGAUGGUGAAAUGUGCCAUGGCUGUUGCUCCUGUGACAGAUUUCAGAUAUUAUGAUACGGCAUAUACGGAGAAAUACAUGGGCGUUCCCACAAGGGAGGACAACUACAUUGGAUAUGACAACGCUAACCUUAAUAAAAAAGAAGAGGCAGAAGGAUUUAAAAAGACGAGGUUGUUACUCGUACAUGGAACUGGUGAUGAUAACGUCCAUUUUGAAAACUCGGCUCACCUUAUAAAAACAUUGACAGCAGCUGGGGCUGAUUUCCAAACUCAAAUCUACCCUGACGAGCGUCACUCGUUUUACGAUGAGCCAGCAAAAACACAUUUAUACCGAACAAUGACCAAUUUUAUGAUGGACUGUUUCAACAGUACGAAAGUCGACUGGAUUGAGACAGUCGAUAAAAGUAAAAAGCGGAAAAAAAGUAAACAGGAGGGAGAGGAGGGGCAACUGAAACAAUACAUUAAGAAAAAGCCGCCGAACCUGUCGUUUCAACUCGGCUCAUUGAAGGAGGCCAACCCAUGAUCCAUGGCCUAGGAAGCCUAAGACAACGGCAGUGCCUUGAGAGAAUCAGGUAAAAUGUGGCAGCAAGGUGGCCGGCAGACUGGAAAGAAAACAUCAAUUGGAAUGGAUUAAGGAUGGCUAGCGUGCAAAGUAUCUGGUUUUCAGCGGAGUUAGAAGUCUUGGGAGGUUGUUAAAUCACCCUAUUCCUCGUUGAACGAAUAACUAACCGUAUGGGCCUAUGCUGGCUAUGAAAAAGCAACCCUGGAAAGAAAACAGACUCUUCUAAACCAGGAUGCAUUUGACCUUUGAGAUUGCCACAAGCCACCUUCUGAAGAAAGUGUGAACUACUCAGAGUAACUACAUUCAGGAAAGCAAAUGCUUAUCCAACCAGUGGAGACAUUUGGUUCACAUUGAACCAGUGCUGAGAUGGACAGUGCCAUCUUUUGGCCUCAAGCAGGUGAAUGAGUGGUCUCACGACAGAUGAAAUGCGGCAUUAAGCCUACAAGAUGGAAAGAAAAAAGACGUGCCUCCGGAAAAUGGUUGUGGGUAGUAUCUAUGGAGACCACUUCAUGAGCAAAAUCAAAAUUGAUGACUUCAGUCGACUGGAGAGAUUAUUCACCAUUUUGGGUUGCAAGGGGUACUGUAAUGCAUUGGGUUUGCAUUGUAGCUGCAGUCAAAUGAGUUGUCAUGGUUACGCAUAUGGUCUAGUUGCUAUGGUAACGACAACAUAUACUGUUUUAUGUGGCCAUGGCAACUGCAAUGAAUUAGGUUGCCAUAAAAGCAGAUAUGCACUCCUGCUGUGGGUGGCUGCAGCUUAUUGGGAUCGUAUACUAGUAUAUUAUGUAGUUGGUAACCAUGGCAACUACAAAUGGCAACUGCAAAGUAGCUUAAAAGAUGAGUGCAGGAGUUAUUAUUUUCUAGAUAUUGAACAAUAUUGAAUUCGUGCAGAUUUGUUCUUGGAACUCAAGAAACCAUCAUUUAAGUUUGAAAUACACAAAUAGAUACACUAAACAUAUGUUUCAUUUUAAUUCCAACUUUGUCUAUAAAAAGUGGAAAUGAACAGAUCUCCUUACUGUUUCGUGCUUUAGCAACACGGGGUAGAGGUUCUCAUAGUACAUCAUGCAGUGCAUUAAUGUACUGCUCACUGAAGAGCCACAUGGAUGAGUCAUCCCAAGCCGACUGGUUCAGAUUCUUCCUCUUUGACUGCUAAGUGUAGAAUCGUCGUACUGACGUGUAGUGAUAUUAUUUAUAAAGGUCUAUAACAUAAAAAUUACCGCAAAUUGUCUAUAUGCAAUCACUUCAUGGAUAUUGACUGCGAUAUUUUCAUGAUUGCUAAUAAUCAAUUGAUUCCAGAGCUCAAAGAUCAUGAACAUCAAAGCAGUUGGAAUUCCUUGAUAAUGGCAGUCUUAAUUUUUCUGAGCCACACGAAAAUUCAGCAGACACGAACGGUACCGGCCUAUGACACAUACUCGUACAUUACUGUGAUAAUUGCCUGGCCGGUGAUGAUGCGAUUAAAAUUAAAUCGAAAAUGUUAUAUAUGAGGUGUGUGCCAAGGUCAGCUGUAUAUCACAAAAUUCUAGCUCUUUCCAAAAUGCUCAUAUCUGCGGCGUAAAUAGAGUGACUACUAUUGAAUGCUGCUCUUGGUGUUGCUACAGUGGGUCUCGGAAAACAAUCAUCAGUUACCCAGACUGUACAUCAGUUACACAGACUGUACAUCAGUUACACAGACUGUACAUCAGUUACACAGACUGUACAAAUUUUGCGUUAUGCCCUGUGAUGUAUAAACGUAUGGGGCAGUAGUAAUCCUAGUCACUUAAUGAUAAACCCACCAUAAAACGUGCUUUGUUAUUAUUAUUAUCGAUUACUCAAUUCGUUUUUGUGAUAGUGCACAUUUUAAUCUUUGACAAACAGUUGUUGAUUUCACAGAGUGACCAAUCUGAAAUUUCCCAAUUUGAGGUCGUGAUGAUGGUUUGAUUUCUCACUUAUAUUUACACGUCCAAACAUCGUCAUGAAUAUAUUCACAGUCAUUACUACUAUAAUGACGACUUAUCAGCAAUGUGAUUCAAUGCGUAAUCAAUUUAAUCAAGAUUUCCAAAUUAUUUACAGACAAAAAUUGGAACAUUAGCAGAUAGAUCACUUUGUAAAAUCAGCCACGAGUUAUCAUUUGGUGGUGUUGUGCCUUGGGGAGACAACCAAUAGUCUAUUUCACGAGAAAUGACAUUCGGAUUUUGAUGAUUUCGCUCAGAAAAUGCAACAUGUGAAAAAACUUAAACUUCUUUCUUCAAAGUAUAUGUAAAUACUUAUUUUUCCAGAACCAGAGAAAGCAGGACUAAGGGGCCACUUUAAGUGAGAUACUGACAACUUGCCCUAGCUGUUCUGGCUUUGUGCGGGCAGUGGCAUUUUUCAUGAAAUAGAGUGUAGUUAGAAUUGUCUAAUCCAAGGUUGUGCAUUGUGAGUGGCCUAUGCAUUACGUCUUUUAUAAUAAUAACGAAAUAUCAACAAAGACUUACUACAGGGUGUUGUAGAAAAAGUUAACAGUCUCGUUUGUAAAUAGUCCAAAGCUUGAUUUCAGGCUAUUAACUUAUUAGCUGGGCAUUGCAGCUGCCUCACUUAUCACUAUUAUAAAUAAGUCACAUAUUGCACUGCCAUUAAUGGCUUUCGUUAUGUAAAUGCACUUGAUUGUCUAAAGUUUUUUAACUCUUCAUCUCUCUGUGUAUAUACUAGUAGUACAUACAGCUUGAUUACGUAAGGUAAUACGUGUACAUUUUCUUUCUACCAAUAUGAUGCUCCCCUGUGUUAAUAGGAAAUGGAUUUUUUUUAAACCUUUAAUAUGAAUUUUUUUUUAACAGCCCAGCAAAUCGUGACGAAAUGAGAGUGAUAUUGUAUAAAAAUAGUUCGCAUGGUUUUAAGUAUUAAAGCAGGAGUUCGUUCGUUUACAUUGUUUAAAUGUUUAGAAAUAAAAUGUCGAAGUACAGUCAAAUGACAGCGAUGAAACUUGGGAUUUAUAAUCUGUGUGUUUUAUGUCAUACAAAACGGAAAAGAUGAAAUUGCAUUCAUUGCGGACUGACAUACUGAUUACAUAUCUCAAACUCAAUCUAAAAUUGUGAACGAACGAACCUGGUCUGCAAGUAGGUAGUUCCGGAGUGUACCGCCAGGGGCAAGUGUCGACGUGAAGUCACGAGGGCUAUCGCCAGCUAUUGUAUUAUGUGCUGUUUGGACGAUAGUAAGAUUGAGUUGACCAAGCAAUAGUUCUAUCUGACCAGUCAGACCGUUCUCAUUAGCUGCAGAUCAGUCAUGCUGUGACCAUGACGCCGAAGGGACAAUAUCACAUGUCAGCAGCACUGGCGUGUACAUUUGGGUCAACACUAGCAUUUUCAUAUCGUUAGAAAUAAUGUAUCUGAUUGGCCGAUAAACUCACCAAUCAGGGUGCUCGUUACUGAGAUUUGUCACACCGAUCUUGUCAUGAUAUCUUCCCGUGAUUGCCUACAGGUUCAUUGAAUAUUUAUUGAGACGAAAAAUCUUAAAGGGCAGUUGCAUUCGUGUGAUGUCUACAUCUUUGCACUGGGAAAGCUGGUACACUCUUUUCAAUACGUGUUGUACGCUCUAACUAGAUGUGAGUGAUGGAUUCACCACGGGUGUCGCCUGUGAUAAGUGGUGUCCGAUGCGUUUUCAGCGGCGACUAUGAAAACAAAUUCACGGGCGUACCUGGCCUUUAAGUAGCCUACAUGUUACAUAAUGAUCAUUGUAAAUAGUGUGUUUUUUCAUAUGAUGUUGGAAUUUUUUCUUCAUCUUUUGUGAUGUAAAGAAAGGCUCUUUGUAAAUAUGAUAGGACUCUUUUUCUCUUCUGCAAUUGUGUGUGUGCAAUUUUUCUAAUACUCUACUGAAGAUGUACAUAGUUUUUUUUUCUACAAUAUUAUCAUGUAUACAAAAUGCACUACCAGUUGUGUAGUUUUCAACCAUUUCAAUUUUAAUAUCAAUGUAUUGCCGUCUGUCUUUAAAGUUAGCAGUUCGUCUUGUUAUGAAACUUUGCAGCUCAUCUUGUUGAUUCAGUCAGGUAAAAGAUAUACCAGUGCCGUUCUUACUAGGUUUAGGGUAUUUCGUAAUGCUGUAAGGUUUGCAUUAAAGAUCUCUGGGAAUUUAGUGAUAUUUCCAAUUUCAGAUCAUAGAAACAUUUGGUCAAGAUUUAGUGAAUUUUCACACGGUUUGGUCUGUAGAACUACAUUUUCCAAAAAUGGGCAUCCCGGUCAAAAAUGGCCAAUCAGAAAGACUCCACUCAAUCAUGGCUAUGCUUUCUGCCCCGAACAAGCAUGAUAGAUGCUUCCUGUUUGGUCAGUAUGGUAAAAAUUGCUGUUUUGAAAUGUGACCCCAAAGUGCUCCUUUGAAAUCUGACCCAAGAGUGGGGAACGGAGCCACCAUUACGAUGGCUGAGUGUGCAAGUAAUUUGUCUGGUUAUCACCAGUCAACCACGGGGAAGCACGUAGCUGAAUAGCUGACUCGCUCUCAGCAGAGCUGGUGCGGACAAAAGCCCUGCCCCAUGCGUGCAAUCAAGGCUGGAAUGCGGUCUGCAUGUCAGUUGUCCGAUGUAGAUUGAAUUGUUACAAUUAUGAAUUUGAUUGGUAACAGUUAAACCGGCAAUCAGUCAUUGAUCAGACAUAAAUAUUAAUGCAAACUAUCGUGACGGUGGGAUUUCUUCCUCUAUGAAUAGGCUCUCUUUUCUUUUCUUGACUUGUGGUAAUAAAGUGUCAUUUCAAUAAA